UUUUUAUCUGUUCAAUUGUUUUCUCUUCCUAAAAGAAACUCAUCGGUGAGCGACCGGCGAGAAUCCACAUCUCGCCGGAAUUUCGCUUUGUUUGAUCGUCGGAAUUUUGCAAUUUCUUUUGCCUCUCGGUAUCGAGCUGCCGAAAGAGUGAGAGAGAAUUAAAUUUCAUUUUUAUUUUUCAAAAAUUGAUAUCAAAUGAUAAUGUAAUUAUGGUUUUGUAAAAGAAAACAGAGACAAAAAUAAUUAUAAAAAAAAAUUCUCUCUCGUGUGGCGAGUAAUGGCUUGCAAUGCAGGAAAAAACAUGAUUAGAUCCCUUGCUUUAUCUUCUUCUUUUAUGCCUUGAAUUUUUUUCCUUCUCGGAAUUGCUCUUUUUUAAUAUUAAAUUGCGUGUUGCUUUCAAUCCGGGUGUCAGUUCAUGAAACGGUUCGCAGAAUUUUCAAGAGUUUUGGUUCAAAAGGGGCAUUAAGUCGGGCGGAACAGCGACCUGCGAAUGUUGGGCUUUUAGUUUUCAGUUCUUCAGAUUUGUGGUGUUGAAGCCGAAGAAUGCCAUUUGAGGUCAUGGAUCAAAGGAAUGAAGUGGCAUCAUCCCACUUUUUAGAAGACACUCGUUUCCCUGCUGAGAGACAAGUUGGAUUCUGGAAACCGAAUACCAUGUCUGAUUAUCAAGUGAGAUUAUUGGGGAAUGAUCUACCUUGUCAACAUGCCAAUUCAGUUGCUUCACACCAUGAGGAAGAACCUUUCAAACAUAUGGAAGAAGUUGAGGCACAGACUAUUGGGAAUCUCCUUCCUGAUGAAGAUGAUCUCUUCUCUGGGGUGAUUGGUGACUUGGGACUUAAAACUCAUGCCAGUAAAGGAGACGAACUAGAAGACUUUGAUCUAUUCAGCAGUGGUGGAGGAAUGGAGUUAGAUGAUCGAGUAUCCAUGGUUCCAAGGAAUUCAGAUCUUGUUAGAGUAUUGAACGGUCAGGGGAAUUCAAAUGGCUUCAUUGUAAGUGAACAUCCUUCUAGGACACUUUUUGUUAGGAACAUUAAUAGCAAUACCGAAGACUCGGAGUUAAAGGCUCUCUUUGAGCAAUAUGGAGAUAUCCGAACUCUCUAUACUGCCUGCAAGCAUCGUGGGUUUGUUAUGGUUUCUUAUUAUGAUAUAAGGGCAGCUCAAAAUGCAAUGAGAGCUCUGCAAAAUAAAUCAUUGAAGCUUAGGAAACUGGAUAUACAUUAUUCAAUUCCAAAGGAAAAUCAAUAUGAAAAAGAUGUUAACCAAGGGACGCUGGUGGUUUUCAACCUUGAUUCUUCUGUUUCAACUGAUGAACUUCAACAAAUAUUUUGUGCUUUUGGAGAAAUAAAAAAAAUUCGUGAAAUUGCACACAAGCAUGACCAUAAAUUCAUAGAGUUUUAUGAUGUUAGAGCUACAGAAGCUGCUUUCCAUGCUCUGAAUAGGAGUGAUAUUGCCGGGAAGCAGAUCAAACUUGAACCAAGCCGUCCAUGGGGAGUUAGACGCUUUAUGCAACAGCCCGAGUCAGAGCAAGAUGAACCUAAUCUAUGCAAAAACACUUUUGAUGAGUUAUUAUCAGGCAACGGUGUUUCUCUAGGAAUAACUGCAUCUGGCUGCAUGGAUAAUGGGUCUACCCAGGUGGUUGUACCUGUGAGUACAUUUGUUGAACCCCCUCGAAGUUCGAGUGUUCCGAUUAACUUAGCCUCUCCAGCAAGAGCGGUGCCUAUAGGAAAACAAAUAAGCUUUCUGGAGCCUGACCACUCUCUAGAUGAAGUGAAGUUUGAUAACCAAGGUGUACCAAGUUUCCAUCCCCAUUCCUUACCUGAGUGUCAUGAUAGCUUAGUCAAUGGUAUUUCAUUCAACUCCUAUAGCACCAUAACAGACAUGGCUAGCAGUGCCAGUCCCAUGAUGGCUGAAGGACUUGAUAAUAGGCACAUUAGGGGACCACCAUCAAAUGGCCAACUGAUGCAACCAAAUGCAGGAGUUUUUGGGUCACCUGGAAAUGGAAGCUUGCCACUUAAUGGAAAUCAUUACUCGUUGAACAGUUCCAACUUGCGCCAGCAAGAUCUGCCAAGUGCUAUGGUUUGGCCAAAUUCGCCAUCAUUUGUCAAUAGCAUUCAUGCUAACCGCCUUCAACAUAUCACUGCAUUUCCUAGGACUCCUGUAACGUUGAAUGUAGGGUCACCUGUCCACCACCACACUGGCUCUGCGCCACCAGUUAAUUCUGCUUUCUGGGACAGGCGGCACCCCUAUGCCGGGGAGUCUCCUGAAGCUUCAGGUUUUCACCUGGGGUCUCUUGGAAGCAUGCGCUUUCCCAGUAAUUCGCUAUCACACCCCUUGGAAUUUGCUUUUCACAACAUUUUUUCUCAUGCUGGUGGAAAUUGUAUGGAUUUGACGAAAAAUGGUGGGGUACACUCUUCUCAGCAGAUAGGAAACCUAUUCCCUGGCAGGAACCCUAUGAUUUCAAUGCCAGCAUCUGUUGAUUCUCCUAAUGAUCGUGUUAGAAGCCUUUCGCACCGUAGAAAUGAAUCAAAUUCUAGCAACACUGAUAAGAAACAAUAUGAACUUGAUAUUAACCAUAUCAUACGCGGGGAAGAUAGCAGAACAACCCUUAUGAUUAAAAACAUACCCAACAAGUAUACCUCAAAGAUGCUUCUGGCAGCCAUUGAUGAGCACUGUCGAGGAACUUACGAUUUUAUUUACUUGCCAAUUGACUUCAAGAAUAAAUGCAAUGUAGGCUAUGCUUUCAUCAACAUGAUCGAUCCACAACAGAUCAUUCCCUUCUAUAAGGCAUUCAACGGCAAGAAAUGGGAGAAGUUCAACAGUGAAAAGGUUGCAUCUAUUGCGUAUGCUAGGAUCCAGGGAAAGGCUGCUCUUAUUACUCAUUUUCAGAAUUCAAGCUUGAUGAAUGAAGAUAAACGUUGCCGCCCUAUUCUCUUCCAUUCUAAUGGUCCAAAUGCUGGUGAUCAGGAGCCCUUUCCUAUGGGUACCAAUAUUCGACCAAGACCAAGAAGACCUCGAACCAUGGGUAACGACGAGAACCACCGGCAAGAGAAUCAGUUCCGGGAACCAAGAUGUAUAACCGAAACUAAACUCGACAAAUUUUGUUUUUCAUCGAAGCCCAUUCCAAGUGUAGAGACCGAUGUAAUAGUAGCUUCAAAUUUUGGAUAGUCUUUGACCGAAGGGUAUCGAGUUGUAUGAAAGUACCUGUGCUUAUGCAAGACCUUAGGGAUCCUUUUGUUGUUUCUGUUUUGUAUCCCGGGUUACGCUAAUUUCUUUUUCUUGUCCCGGAGGUUUCAGAAUUCGUAUGAUGCCUUCUGUUAGUCUAUUUGGGGUGUAACUGCUCCAAGAGAGGGAGAGAGGGAGCAACGAACAACACAUAUAAGUUUUCUAGUUGUGAAAAUUCUGAACUUUGUUUUUCUUUAAUGGAAAUACUUUUGUUAUUC